AUGGCCAAAGCGCCACCUUCAACCUCUCUCCUCCUCCUCCUCUCCGCCGCCGUAUGUCUCACCCUCCCCGCCGUGAUCUCUGCCAUAGGCGUUAACUACGGCACUCUUGGAAACCUCCCACCACCGACCGAGGUGGCGAAUUUCCUCAAGACUCAGACAUCUAUCGACAGUGUUAAGAUCUUCAACGUGGAUCCCAAUAUCCUUCGUGCCUUCGCCGGUACCGGAAUUUCCGUCGUUGUCACCGUCCCUAACGGUGAUAUUCCGGCGUUAGCUAACGGGAGACAAGCUCGUCGAUGGGUCUCGGCUAAUAUUUUGCCUUUUCAUCCUCAGACCAAGAUCAAGUAUAUCUCUGUCGGAAAUGAGAUUCUGCUCACCGGAGAUAACAACAUGAUCAAUAAUCUUUUGCCGGCGAUGAGGAAUCUUAACAAAGCUUUGGUUCGUGCUGGUGUCAGAGAUGUUAAGGUUACAACCGCACACUCACUUAACAUCAUAGCCUAUGACGUGAACGGUGCACCAAGCAGUGGUCGAUUCAGACCUGGUUGGGACAAAGCCGUACUGGCACCAAUCCUAGCUUACCAUCGCCGAACCAGGUCUCCUUUCAUGAUUAACCCUUACCCUUACUUCGGGUUCGACCCCAAAAACGUCAAUUUCGCCAUCUUCCGUUCACCGUACAAGGCGGUCCGUGACCCGUUCACCCACAAAAUCUACACAAACAUGUACGAUGCUCUCAUGGACGCCACUUACUCAGCCAUGAAAGCUCUUGGCUACGGUGAUGUUAACAUCGUCGUUGGUGAGACCGGCUGGCCGUCUGCCUGCGAUGCACCUUGGUGCUCUCUUGAAAACGCGGCUUGGUUCAACCGCAACAUUAUCAAACGUUCACAAAGACAAGGAACACCUCUCAUGCCUAAUAGACGGUUCGAGACUUACAUUUUCGGUCUGUUCAAUGAAGAAGGCAAGCCCGGUCCAACCGCGGAGCGAAACUGGGGGCUUUUCCAUUCAGAUUUCUCUCCGGUUUACGAUGCUGGUCUCCUCAGAAACGGACAAGGUGGUGGUGGCGCCCGGCCAGAUCCAGCAUUGCCUGCUCCUAGUACUGCCGGUGGUAAAUGGUGUGUGGCUAAGUUGGGAGCUAGUGAUGCGCAGUUACAAGGGAAUAUUGAUUGGGUCUGUAGUCAGGGAGGUGUUGACUGUAAACCGAUCCAAGCCGGUGGCUCUUGCUUUAACCCGAGCAGCGUAAGGACGCACGCUUCUUUUGUGAUGAACGCUUAUUUCCAGAAGAAUGGUCGCACUGAUGGGUCGUGUAACUUCAGCGGAACCGGUGUUGUGGUAGGGAACAACCCAAGCAAUGGUGCUUGUAGAUACUAAGUGUCCUACGAGGUUUGUCUAUGUAGCAUUUGUUUGGAAAUACCUAACAUAAUGGUUGUGAGAAUUUUUCAUGGGUGGAAAGAUCGUCAGCUUUGUGUUUAAUUUCGCAUAUAUUAUUGUAAUUUUAAGGUUUCUAUAUUCAUUUUUUUUAUUGGUGUCA